AGCUGGUCUCGGUGUAAACAAGUCGAGGCGGCUGCGAACCGGGCCGGGGGGGACGGCGCCCAUCAGGAGCGCCCCCCACUCCCAGGCCAGGCCACCCCGCGGACCGGGCCCUCCACGCGCCCAGGCGAGGUGAGGCCUGGACCGACGUCUCUGCGCGUCGCCCCGCGCCCCCGCCCCGCAAGCGAGGACUGCCCCUUCCCCCGCGCACGCCCCCAUCCCCUCGCCCCAGGCACUGGGCUCCCUCUGCUCCCCGUGGACCGCUCCCCGCGUGGGGCCACUGCCCUUGGCCCCCGCCAUGGUGCGGAUUUCAAAGCCCAAGACAUUUCAGGCCUACUUGGAUGAUUGUCACCGGAGGUAUAGCUGUGCCCACUGCCGUGCUCACCUGGCCAACCACGACGACCUCAUCUCCAAGUCCUUCCAGGGCAGUCAGGGGCGUGCCUACCUCUUCAACUCUGUGGUGAAUGUGGGUUGCGGGCCAGCAGAAGAGCGGGUGCUGCUGACAGGUCUUCAUGCUGUCGCUGACAUCCAUUGCGAGAACUGCAAGACCACUUUGGGCUGGAAAUAUGAGCAAGCCUUUGAGAGCAGCCAGAAAUACAAAGAGGGGAAGUACAUCAUCGAACUCAACCACAUGAUCAAAGACAACGGCUGGGACUGACCUAGCUCCUGACGCAUGUGGCUUCAGCCUGGCCUGGCCGCCAGGGGGAGCCACUGGUCUCGCUUCUCCUUAAGGGAGCUCUGGACCCUCAGGGUCCCCACAGGGGAAGGAUCCAGCUCCUGUACAUAUAUUUUAUUGCAUGCACUGUGACCUUGGGGGGAGACAAGGAGGGGGAUUGUACCCCCCCCCCCCGCACCUCCCUGCGAUCUGACUGGCUUGGAUCUCAUUUUUUAACCCCUUCCUGUCUUGCCUGUCCCAUAGAUAUGGCCUGUGUGCUGCUCUCAUGGCCCCGGUGCACCAUCUUUCUGUGAAUCUCUCCCACUGGAUCCCUCUUACCUGCAACGUGUCUGUUCUUGUUCUGUAGCGUUUGUAAAUAAUAAAACAAUGGAAUGGAGACA